AUGACAAUAACGCCAGAUGUUAAUGAAGAACCACUAGAGGAUCCUGGUAAUCAAUUGGAAAUUAAAUUACCUCAUGAAGGAGAAGAGGAUGAGGAGCCACCAGAUGCUGAUAAACCUAAUGAAGAAGAAGAAGAAGAACCACCAGAGGAUAUUGAUGGUCAAUUUGGAAUGGAAUUACCUGAUAAGAUCGAUGAAGAACCACCAGAGGAUAUUGACGGUCAAUUUGAAAUGAAAUUACCUGAUGAUAUCAAUGAUGAACCACCAGAGGAUGUUGAUGGUCAAUUUGGAAUGGAAUUACCUGAUAAUAUCAAUGAAGAACCACCAGAGGAUAUUGAUGGUCAAUUUGGAAUGGAAUUACCUGAUAACAUUAUUGAUGAACCACCAGAGGAUAUUGACGGUCAAUUUGAAAUGAAAUUACCUGAUGAUAUCAAUGAUGAACCACCAGAAGAUAUUGACGGUCAAUUUGAAAUGAAAUUACCUGACAAUAUCAAUGAUGAUAUUAGCAAUGAUGAGCCACCAGAGGAUAUUGACAAUCAAUUUGAAAUUAAAUUACCUGAUAAUACUAAUGAUGAUAUUAAUGAUGAAGAACCACCAGAGGACAUUGACAAUCAAUUUGUAAUGGAACUACCUGAUAUUAAUGAUGAUGAACCACCAGAGGAUAUUGAUAAUCAAUUUGAAAUUGAAUUACCAGACAAUGUUUAUAAUAAUAAUGAAGAGGAGGAGACAAUAACAAUAAACUCUGAUUAUAUUACAGAGGUUCAAAGUAAUCAAACAAAUUCAAGUAAUCAAGUUGAUAUUAGAGUCUCAGGUACAUUAUCUAAUACAAAUAAUAGUAGCAGUAAUGAUAACAGAAAUAAUAAUGUCAUUAAUUAUGAAGGCGAUGAACCACCAGAUUCAGAUAAAUUUUAA